AUGGCAGAAGCAAAUUUGGCAAGGGUGACUCGAGCAAUGUCGGCAGCGAACACAUCAACGUCCGUCCCAGAAGGUGGCCCCAGUCAGACCGACAUGGCUCAAACAGAAGGUCAAGAAGGCACCACCGGUGGAGGUCUCGCUGAACAAAUGGAUGCCAACCAUCAGAUUGGGCCUACGGCAAACCAGCUCAAUACCGUGGUUGAAGAAGUCAAAGAGGACUUGGAUGGAGUUGCUAUCCUUGAGAUGGAUCCCAGGUCAGAGACCGAGGACGACACGUGGCAACCUCACGAACACGCAGGGAAGGAGAAGGGAGCGAGGGAAGACACUCCUACAGACGAAGAGGAGAGCUUAGCGGAAGAGGAUAUGGAUCUGAGUAAUCACUCCAAUUUCGUUGUUCUCCUUCCUUUUUAUAUCGGACACACUGCCUCCUUGCCUCCCAUUAUGCACCUAUGUAGGGUACUUCGAUCACAAAUGAAUUUAAAUAUCAACAACACUGCCAAAAAGACGUAUAAGAAGGUACUUCGAUCACAAACAAAUUUAAAUAUCAACAACACUGCCAAAAAGACGUAUAAGUCGAAUAGUAUGAGGAGAUAUCAAGAUGAUAUGAGUGGCAGUAUAUUAAGCCCACGUAAGACCCUGUCGAAUGACUCGGGGCAAGCUAUCCCGGCUGCUAAUAGGUGUUGCUACGAGGCAGGUGUUGCUGAGAGCGUUGCUAAGAAGCCACACGGUGAUCGAAUCCUGAUGCUACAAGCUAGGAUAGAUGAUGCAUACAUGAGAAGAGAUUACGCGCUGGGAGCAGACCUUCUAGCGAAACUCACGGAAAUGAUUACCAAAGAGACGGCUAGACACUACGCUCCUGCACCUAGAAACGACGCUCAAACGCCAGUUCUAGCCCUUGUUCCCAAUCAUUCACACAAAAGACGGACCACGCCUCAUCGCCUGAUACAAGAAAACCUCUCUGAUUUCUCGACGAGUUCGCACGACCGGAACCGCCUCUAA